AUUAAAGAAUGCGGUGAAUAAUACAAUUUAGGCCCACUAAGGAUCAGGCGGUGAAAACAAUGUAGGCCCAAUAAUGACAUAGCCUUUCAUCUUUCUCUACUCAAUCCAAAACAAACCUCAAGUCACACACUCUUCACCUAAACAGCAUCAAUGGCGACUUCUCUCUCCGUUUCUAGAUUCAUGUCCUCCUCCGCCACCGUUAUCUCCGUCGCUAAGCCGUUACUUUCCCCCACCGUAUCCUUCACCGCGCCGCUCUCCUUCACACGCUCUCUCGCUCCUAAUCUCUCUCUCAAAUUCCGCAACCGCCGCACCAAUUCCGCCUCCGCCACCACCAGAUCCUUCGCUACGACACCCGUCACCGCCUCCAUUUCCGUCGGAGACAAGCUCCCAGACUCCACUCUCUCCUACCUCGAUCCAUCCACCGGAGACGUCAAAACAGUAACCGUCUCAUCCCUAACCGCCGGGAAGAAAACAAUCCUAUUCGCCGUUCCCGGCGCAUUCACACCAACAUGCUCACAAAAACACGUCCCUGGAUUCGUAUCCAAAGCCGGAGAACUCAGAUCUAAAGGCAUCGAUGUAAUCGCAUGUAUCUCCGUCAACGACGCGUUCGUGAUGGAAGCGUGGAGGAAAGAUCUUGGAAUUAACGAUGAGGUAAUGUUGCUAUCCGAUGGAAAUGGCGAAUUCACAGGGAAGCUUGGUGUUGAAUUGGAUUUGAGGGAUAAGCCUGUGGGACUUGGAGUUAGGUCAAGGAGAUAUGCGAUUUUGGCUGAUGAUGGUGUUGUGAAAGUUCUGAAUCUUGAAGAAGGAGGUGCUUUUACUAAUAGUAGUGCUGAGGAUAUGCUUAAAGCUCUCUGAUUCUUAUGAUUUUCUCAUCAAUUUCGUCUUCUUCUCUGUUUUGAAUUUUCUUUACUCUGUUUUGUGUUGCUGUUUCUUUAAAUCUACGAAUCAUUAUCGGAUUUGUAAUGGAAUAAUGAAGUUAGAGGUUCUGUUGUUUGUGAACAUUUUAGAAAAGCGUUGUGUUUAGUUUUCGGAUGUUACUACUUUUGGUUAAUUUUUUCUCUUUUGACUUUUAUAAUUUUGAUUGAGUUUAGGUAUUAACCUAACACUUACUGAUAGUUUGUCACAGUGACAAGUUAAUAUAAACAUGUAAUGAAAAUUUUCC